AUGGCUCCGGGACUGAUCGACGCUGUCUCUGUUGUACCGCAGGCUAUCAAUGCCGCGAAGAAGCGUGACAGCGUUGUUUCCAAUGCGUCAUCUGUACAGUCUGUCCUUGGAUACGAGCCAGGCCGAACCCAUGUCGACACUUACGAAGAAUACGAACAUGAAGACCUCAAACCCCACUUUCCAGAUGUCAAAUGGCCCGAACUAGAGGAGGUCUCAUAUCAAGAUAAAGGUAUCCAAGGCGAUCCCAACUUCAAGAACCUACUUGCGGAUGCAACCGACAUAUUCGAUUACAACCCGAAGCUCGGCACCGAAAUUCAUGGGGUGAACCUAGCCAAACUCACAAAUGCACAGAAAGAUGACCUUGCGCGUCUUAUAGCUACACGCGGCGUUGUCUUCUUCAGAGACCAACAGGAUCUCGAUAUCAACGCACAGCGGGAACUCGGUGUCUAUUUUGGUACUCUUCACAAGCAUGCUACAACAAUGACUCCACAGAAUGGUCUGGAUGAUGUUCACGUCGUAUACGCAGCUGAGGGCGGUAAAGACAAUAGAGCAUUCUUUUCACCCAGCUUCCUGUGGCACUCGGACGUCACAUACGAGAUCCAGCCACCUUCAUACACUUCACUGAAGCUUCUCUCCGGGCCUCCACGAGGCGGAGGUGGAGACACUCUCUGGUCUAGUCAAUAUGCAGCUUACGAUGCACUGAGCUCGCAUAUGCAAAAGUAUCUCGAAGGCCUUACAGCCUUGCACUCCGCCGAGCUUCAGGCGGAAGGCUCACGAUCGCUUGGCCGACCAGUCCGUCGAGAGCCAGUCACCACCGAGCACCCUCUGAUCCGGGUCAACCCAGUAACCCGGUGGAAGUCUCUCUUCUACAACCCUGGCUUCGUCACGGCCAUCGUUGGCAUUCCUAAGGUCGAGAGCGACGCCAUCAUUCGUUAUUUGAAUGAGGUGAUCUCUACGACCAAUGAGCUUCACGUCCGAUUUCAGUGGAACAAGAAUGACGUCGCAUUCUGGGACAACAGAGUCACUAACCAUUCGGCGUCAUACGGUUUCGCUCCUCAUCGUCGACACGCUGUUCGUGUGGCAGCUACUGGAGAGCGACCUGUCUACGACCCAACUGGUAAAUCCCAAGAAGAAGAAUACAAUGCCAAGUAUGGUCUUCCAGCGGUCAACAAGGACGGAGCGGGUAUUGCAAACUACAACGACUGA